CUUUACCAAAAAAGCGAUUACCUCAGUCUCUCCUACUUAAAUGCACAUAGAUGUUUUAUGAUUUUUUUGUGAAUUUUUGAUUCUUCAAGCCUCCAAUUGUGGCCAAUAGUUACCAAGAAAACUCCGUUAGUUUAGUGAACCGCCUGGCGCCCGCGCCUACAAAAGUAGCAACUAUGGUCUGCUGACUGCUAUAUAUCUCUGGUCUCCGCCCCACCUUUUCUUUCUCAAACUUCCAUUCUUGUCCUUGUCAUCUCUCAUCUGCGUUCCAAAAAUAAAAUCUGCGGCACACUCAGCCCAUGGCUACAACAACAACCAGCACCCCCCAAUUAAUCCGGAGGAGAGACAGAAUAUGCUAUUGUAAGUUGAAGUUUCGAGUGAGAUUUGGAGGUGAUGUCAACACCAUUAGUGCUAUUUCCCCCUUGAUCGGUUAGAUCUCUACCAUCUCAACAUAUCAAAACUACCUUGCCUUCAUCUGUUCUUCCACCUCCAUUACUUGAAUUCGAUGAAAUUAGACAAGGGGAUCGACCACCUCCUUUUCGCUCUGAAUUUCAGUCAAUGGAUCAACCACCUCCGUAUUCAUAUCACCCCAAAGAAGAAACAACACUUUAUGCUCCUCCAGAAAAUGGUCGUGAAGCUGAAAUCCUUGGAGGGUUAGCCCAGGACUUUGACAUUACUUGGGGGGAUGGUAGAGGAAAGUUCCACGAAAAUGGUACGCUUCUUACCCUUUCGCUAGAUAAGUACUCUGGCUCAGGAUUCCAGUCCAAGAACGAGUAUCUUUUUGCAAAGAUUGAUAUUAAUAUGAAACUUAUUUCUGAUAACUCUGCUGGUACUGUCACCACCUUUUACCUAUCCUCCAAUGGAACAGCUCAUGAUGAGAUAGAUUUCGAGUUCUUAGGUAACUUGAGUGGCCAACCUUAUACUAUACACACCAAUAUUUAUAGCCAAGGGAAAGGCAAUCGCGAGCAACAGUUUUACUUAUGGUUCGAUCCUACAAUAGAUUUUCAUAGUUACUCAAUUCUUUGGAACCCUGCCAGAAUUGUUUUCUUUGUGGAUGACAUACCAAUAAGGGAGUUUAAGAACAUGGAAGCUUUUGGUGUGCCUUUCCCAAAUAAACAACCGAUGAGGAUAUUCUCAAGCUUGUGGAAUGCUGAUGAUUGGGCCACACAAGGUGGAAGGGUGCACACGGAUUGGUCUAAGGCUCCAUUUGUUGCUUCUUAUAGGAACUUUAAUGCAACUUCCUGUGUUUGGUCCUUUGAGUCAUCUUCUUGUAAAUCAGAUCCUCAACUUACGGGUAUUGAUAAUGCUUGGUUAAUGAAGGAGUUGGAUUCAAACAGUUUAAAAAAGAUCAGAUGGGUUCAAGAGAACUAUAUGACUUACAAUUAUUGCAAUGAUAACUGGAGAUUUCAUGAAGGGCUUCCUAAAGAAUGCACUAUUAGAAGUCCCAAGAGAGCAAGACGAUAUCGAUAACAUUCUCUUUUGCUUAUGCUACUAUUGAUUUUGUAUCCUCUUUUUAGUUUUCCCUCAUAUUUAGGUGGCAAAUACAUAUUUCUUUUUAAGUUAUAAACUUCUAGUUCCUAGGAAGAAGAAAUUAAUCCCAUCAAAGAAAAGGAGGAUGGAAUUAAUCAUACACAAUUUAGAGUAAAGUAUCUUGUACACCAACUUUUUUCUGUUUUUGAGAUUGCAGUGAAAUUUAUUUAAAAUUUUUCCUUACUGAAAUGCUAGUAUGUUCAAUUGCCUUGGCAUUGUGUGGUGGUUCUAUAUCCAUGUGGACCAUGUCUGUUAGAAUGAGAAGAGUCUUGGGUAGUGGGAAAAUUGAAAAGUAAUACUCAGGGGUGCUAGAAACAGCUGACUCACUGUUGUAUUGCUUCUACAUCCUCCUUCAAAUGCUAGAAAUAAGGAAGAACGAUUUGUAACUGACUCACUGUUGUAUUGCUUCUACAUUCUCCUUCAAAUGCUAGAAAUAAGGAAGAACGAUUUGUGUAUCAGCUAUUAUGUGGAAAUUCUGAAGGCUCGCUGAAGUCUUUCGGUGGCCAAACUGGUUAACACUUUGAUUUAUGAAAGCUGAGGCUUUGCCAGAUUUCUAACCUUUAGCCAGUCACGAAGAAAAUUAAUCAUCAAUCGACAGUGGUAUUGCAUAGUUCUUAGUGUGUUCUAAGAUAAGUUGCAUGCUGGUACUUACCAAGAGUUGCCACCACAACCACCCAAUAUUUAUCCCAAUGUUGGAACAGGUUAAGAUGUCAAAGCCUUACCAAUUAGGAUCAGUAGAGGGACUCUAUUAAAUAUACCUGCUUUUUAAAAAAGGUUAAUAGCAAAGAGCGAGUAAUUCAAGGACAAAAGAUAAAGAUUCACUCACUUGCAAACAAGGGGAGGCCGGAGAGCGUAUAAGAAGAGGAAGAAUGAAGGGGGGAGGGUAGAGGAGACAUACACAUGAUGUGUUUGUUUGGUCAUCAUAGAAAGACAAUAAGAAGAUGGGAAGGGAAAGGAGUGGGCGAAUAGAGGAGGAGUUGGAGAUAUUUCAACAUCGGAAGAAUCUCUAAAGGAGGGAGGUAGAUCAAGUCCUCCCCCCCCCCCCCGCCAACCAUUGUGACUUUUGACUUUUGAAAGUACUGUUGUAGUGUUUUCAAUAAAUGUCGCACUAGAGUUACUGCAAACUGUACUAAAAAUGAUUUUCCCCACUCCUUGAUUUGCAACAUGGGUUCUAGAGUACUACCAGAUUUCUACCAUCUUAAAGAACCAAAUUACUCUUAAGUCUUGUGCCUUUUCUAUAUAUAAUUUAGUAAUUAGUCCUUAGGUAAUGCUGUCUCCAUGUGAAGCUUUCUGCACUCCAAUUCUCCUAUUAUGUACAUCACUCUUGCUUAGAGAACUGUUGGUAGCCUGUUGAUCAACAAUGAAACAACACUAACAGUUGACAUUUAUAUUGAUUCUGAAAGUGCUUUUUCAUCAUUUUUUUGAGAGAACAUGUUGUCUCUCGCCUCUAUUUUGUCUUUGGAAUUUUUGACCUGUUUACAAUAUUCAAACAAAUGUGUAAGAGGAAAUGAAAUUGAACAAGAAAGUGUAGGAGCAUGCCAGAAUUGCUGCUGGUUAAAUAAUUUGCGACUGAUGCUUGUAUGCAUUAUUUGUUGUGACAGUCUUUUGUUCUAAAUGCAAAUCCUACAGAUGUUCAAACAAGCAUUCUGAUGUGGUUAUAAUUCCACUGUUGCUUGUAUAUGCAUUAUUUUUCGUUACACUCUUUCGUUCUAAAUGCAAGUCCUACAGAUGUUCAAACAAGCAUUUUGAUGUGGUCGGACUUGGUCUUCAAAUGUUUGAGCAUGAUAUAUUGUUGCCAUUUGUUUGAGAUAUUGUUCUAAGGGGCGGUGUUUCUAAAUUCUAGACAGCUAAUUUUUAAAGUUAUGAACUGCUGUUUUAGUUACCAAAAAUCUGUAUGCUUUUCUCAUCAAAUCUAUUGUGCAAUAAAGUACUUGGUCUUGCUAAUUUACUUCUAUACACACUUAGAUAUAUAUAUAGACACACAACAUACUUGUCUUUUCUCAAGAAGUGGAUUUGUUUCAUUCCUUUUUUUUUUUUUUUUACUUUUUCGAGUUUAUGAGGCUGUUCUACUGUAUAGCUAGUGGUUUGCUUGUGGUGUCUUUUAAGCUAUUGAUCUACG